CCUGAGACGGAGAAGAAAGCCUUACAUUUCACCUUAAGGUUUUACCAAAUAAUGCCUCUACAACUUCUUGAAGGGAUGUCCAGCAGGAAGCGGAGACCGAACUGGACCGACCAGGAGUGUCUUCUUCUGGCUCAGUUAAUGGAUGAGAGGAAAGAUGUAAUCAGAGGGAAGUGCAGCACUGGUGUUUCCAUACAGGAAAAAAGACAAGCCUGGGAGGAAAUAGCCCAAUCCAUCAACACCGCCUUUCCACAUAUUCAGCGCACAGUUUCUGACUGUAACAAAAAGUGGGAAAAUCUGCUGGCAAAGUCAAAGGAGGAGAUCAAACGACAGAGAAGGCAAGGGCUCUCAGAAGGCCUGUCCGUUGUACAGUUGAGUACUGUGACUCAAGUGGUGAUGUCUGUGAUGAACCUCUCAGACAUCCUGGACAGAGAAGACGCUUCAAUCUCAGAGUUGGUGGAAGCUCAACAAAACAGCAGUGAUGAAGAUGGAAAUGAGCGCCGAGUAGAUGAAAGAUUCUCAAACCAACAUGCGCUGAGAGAGCUCGAGUUCCCCACGUAUCCAGACCCACCCGCUUCUCCAGUAGAACAAAAAAUGGCUGAUUUGACCGACGUCUCAAAGUCCCUGGCGGUGCACUUCAGCGCUCAUCACGCUGCCGGCUUCGCUGCUCCUGCAGAACACCUGGAUGCUCUCCGCUCUCCUCCUCCACCCGCCGUGCACUGCACGACUCUGCAAGAGCGGAUGGAUUUGGAAAUGUCGGUGCUAAGAAGACAAGAGGCAGUCCUCAAGCUGCAAGAGGAAUACUACACACUGAAAAUCCAGCUGAUGAAAAAGCAAAGGGAAGCACCUUGAAAGGACUGAAGUGGUCGUAGAGAUUCUGAAUAUAGUCUGAAUUAAAUCAAUAUUACUCAAGAAUAAAAUGUUCCCAGCUGUGUUUUUGAGAGGCCCGCUAAGCAUUGUUGCUUUCGGGCAGUUCCAUUCGGAUGCAAACCCACUAUUUGCUUGAGAAUAUUUCAGUUUACUUUCGGAGUGUUUGACCCUUGUUUCAGGGCCAUAUCGCUAAGACGCACACUAUAUAUCUAAAAUAUAACCAAGUGUGAGGAGAACAAAUGACACAAUAACAAAAGUUGACACGACCGUGUUUAUUUUAACCGCGGAAUUACAGCUGUAACAUUUUUUUAAUUCUCGAAAUCCAAGUUAUUCUUUGAAGGAAGUAUAAAUGGUUCAUCUUGCAGGGGAGUGCAACUCGCACGUAUAGUUUUACACUGUGAGAAAUGUAGUUUAUUUACUGAUUCAUGCCAUUUAGUCCUAAGUGCAAAUUUGGAAGCUGUAAAUGUUUGACAUACACCAAUAUACAUAUUUAUGAAAACUGAACUCGGUCAUGCCAAUGUAAGUAAAGCUACAAUAAUGUCCUGUCUAGACAAAUGUAGUAAUUUGUGCGUAAUAUUUCUCAUAAAUCCGUUUAUUUUGGAGUUGGCACCCAGAUGUAAGCAGUGGGGC